AUGUCGUUUAAAUGUAAAUUCAUUUUAAAUAUCUCAGUGGAAUAUUUUGCGACUCAUAAUCUUAGUGGUGCGGAAUUGGAUGAGCAAACAGCAACGAUUUUAGAAUUUCUAGAAAACGAUGAUUUAACUGUAAUCUCAGCCGUGCAUAAUAAAGCACAAAAUAAAAUUAAAUUUCAACAUGGCUUGCCCGCUGAUAAGGAUGAAUACUGUUUACUUUUCUAUAAAAUACCACAUGUUGGAAAUAAAGCCAGUCCUGAGCAACGGCAGCCAGCACUUGGCAUUUUGACGCUUGAGGGCGGUCUGGUUAAAUCCAUUUAUAAUUCUAUUUCUCGUGUAUUUUCUCCACAUUCUACAGCUGCACGGAAAACCGACUAUAGUCCAGAGUUAAGUGGUUUACUUGAAAAUUUGCAUGUUUCUCUCAGCUCAACAUUGGGUUUGCCUCAGACGGGCAUUAUAACCAUUAAGGAUGAAAUCAAGUAUUGGCGGCAAAAAGCUAAUCAAAAAUCUAAUUCGCGCUCUGAACGUGAAUCGACUCAAACCUUUCUUCAUAUCUUACACAACAUCGAUCAGCUAAUUGAUAAUAUUGAUUAUGAGAAAACAGGUAGCAUUGAAGAAUUUUUAAAUUCUUCUCAUAAUAAUUUGGAUGAAUUAUGGCGUUCCCCUUAUCAAUAUCCUCAGCAGAGAAUGGCCGGUUUAAUGGAUGUAUUAGGCGAUCAACUUAUGCACAUAUGUUUGGAUCCAUUGCCCAAAGACGAUGUCUGGAAUAUAAACAACUGCCAUGUGACAAAUUUAAUGAGUCAAUUACUAGACACUGCGGACUCAUGGCUGCAGCUUUGUGAUUCUUUGACACGCCUAUUUUGGCCAAACUAUGCUAAGCAUCCUUGGAUUGGAGAAACUCAUCUACCUAAAGGCGUCCAAUUACUAAAGGAACGCAUUUUGGAUAUGCGCAAUAUUAAAAAUCUUUAUAAACAAAUCUCAUUUUUGCUCAACGACUAUGAGAUGGAAGAUAUAAUGCGCACGGAGUCACCCUUUAAGAAUUUUAAUAUUUUCGAAACUUCAGUUUCGGGUCAGACUAAAUGGAAUAAGGCUUUGCAACGAUUUGAGGAAUUGCUAGAGCCAAUAGAUGAACGCAUCGGGAAUGCAUUAAAGGUGCAGCUAAGUCAGCAUUUGAGUAAUCCUCGACAGAUCAUAUUUAUAUUCUCUAAAUAUGAGACGCUAAUACAGAGACCAACGGUUUUAGAAUUGUUAACUAUUGAGCGGGAACAAUUUGUGCAAUCCUUGCAUAUAUUACUACAGGAUUUACGUAAAGCCAUGAUAGAUACUAAUAUGGAGCCCGACACGGCUCAUUUGUCAGUUAUAUGUAAUGAAUGCCGUUGGCUAAAAGUAGUACAACAUGAGAUACAAGAAGUUGAAAAAGUUAGUCAUUUGAUUAACGACCGUGAAGGUUUUGAUAUAAUCAAUAAGGCCACACAGGAGAUCAAAGAGGAGACCGAAUCUUUGUUGAGAACUAAUUUUGAGAUAUGGUGCGGCCAGUGCACUACCGCAGUGAAAAGUGGUGAACUUAAUUUACGAGACGAUCAGCCUGUUGUGAAAUUCGAAAAAGAAGGUCGGCAACUAAUGAGUGUCACUUUUAAUCCACAGUUAAUCACUUUCUGCCAAGAUGUUAGCGAAUUCACAAAUCUGCACUUUAAUGUUCCUUCCGAACUACGCACGGCAGCCAAGCAUGCCUCUAAAUAUAUCUGUUUUGCUCGUCGAUUACAACAAAUAGCUACAUUCCAUAAUACUAUUGGAGACCGAAUGAUACCUUGCCAGCGACCCAUAAUGCUUAAGAACGCUGUGGAACUUGCGAAACUGGUGCACAGUGAAACUGUAGCAUGGAUCGAUGAAGACGCGGUGCAACGUUAUGUAAGCACCUUGCAAGAAGCAGUGUCGAAAUUAUCUUCUGACAACGCGUUAUUAGUAGGCUAUCACGAGCAAGCGAAAAGAACGGUCGUAAAACUGAUGAAUACGGAUCUAAUAAACCAAAGCCAAAUUUGGAAAGAAGAAAUGCGACAUUUGCGUGAACUAAUCGCUUGCUUGGAACGUCAAGGUUUUACAAAUCUAGAGGCAUUUAAACUUCACUGGGAUCAUCAGCUUUAUAAGGUUUUAGAGUAUCAAUAUAUUUUGGGCUUGGUCGAGAUGAACAACAAACUACCGGACAUACAUGUUAAGAUAGCUUUUCGACAAAGGCAACUCUGUUUUAUACCUCCCGAAGAGGAGAUACAGGAAAAAUACUUUUCCCAACUCUCGCGAUUCAUUGAACGACCAUGCGGUUUUCGCGGCCUUUCCGAUAAGAGUUCUGAACUAUUUAAAGCCAUGGUGGAGAACAACCGGCAAUAUCUUGGUCCUCUGUACAAAAGAGCUGGCGCGUUAUUUGAAAAGUUGGAUAAGUUUAAGCAACUGUGGUUGUCUUGGGUAGCGUUGGGUUCUGUAGAUAUUGAAGAACUGUGCGGCAUACAUUUGCAAGCAGCUAAAGAUUGGGAUCGAAAUUUUCAUCAAUGCAAACAUUACGGUCAAAAAAUUGCAAAAAUUCAAAACACGGAGGAAUCUAUUGAUUGUAUAGUAAUCGAUAUUUUACCUUUACGUUGUGAUAUAGAGCUGCUAAGUCGACGUUAUUGGGAAGCUUUAUCGGGGAGUUUGAAAACAUCUAUACUUGCUGAUGUAUCCGUGAUCAAAGAAUUUCUGCAAAGCGCUUCACAGUUUGUACAAAAUGUCGCUAUCGACGAGGCCUCGAUCACGGAGUCGAGCAUACGAUAUGAAAACAUUAUGACAGAAUUGCCUAAAAUCUCCGAAAUUUUAGAAUUGGUCAAAGCCAAGGACAAAUGUCUAGCAGGUUGGUGUAAAGAACGUGUUACUUCUUUGGUUAACAUAUUGGUGGAAUGGGAAAAAUUGCAACCUAUGCUAAGUAAUCAUUCAGCGAUAUUACAACGUCAAGUGGAAAUGAUUAAGGAUCAAGCUCAGACUCAAAUGGAAAAUUUGAGAAAUGAAGCUGAAAAGUUUAAACUAAGAUGGGAAUAUACUGUGGCAGAAUUGGCAGCCAACGACGAAGCUUCUUUAGACAUGUUUAAAGAACGUCGGAACUAUUGGCAGCAAAUAUUAGAUAAGAAGACCCGUUUGGAGGAGGAAUGUAAAAAAUUUAAUAUGAUUUUUACAGAAGGGCAAUUAAAAGUGUUCCAUGAUAUUGAUAACAUCGUCAAUGAACAAUCCAAAGAAUGGCUGACUUACAAUGAAUAUCUCAAUGAAUUGCACGAUAUUUUAAAAGAAGAGUGGUCAAUAUAUAGGCAUCGUCCUUACGUUCUCAAUGAAUUUAUUACAAAAUGGGAGGGAUGCGUACAAAAUUCCAUUGAUUUGUCUUCAAAACGGAUCAGACAAAACGUAGAGCUGUUGCAAAGUUGUCUACCUCUAUUACAACAGCUACAGGCCGAUUCGCUGACCGAAAGACAUUGGUUGCAGAUAUUUGCUUUAACAAAACAAGGAAACCACGAAUCUGUGCACAGUUUUACUUUAAAAGAGCUCCUCAGGGACCCAAUGCUGUUACUGCAAAAUGCCAAUGAAAUUUCGCAAAUAGUUAGGCAAGCUUCUUCAGAGCAGAUAGUACGGCAAGCGUUAAAUGAAUUGGAUCAAUGGUCUGUAAUUAGUAAUUUGAAAUUGAUCUCGCAUCAAGAUACCUUCGGCAACUCCUUGAACUUGAUCAAAGACUAUCAAGAAAUAUUAAAUAAAAUUUGUGACAAUCAGUCAUUAUUGCAAUCGGCUAAAAAUUCAUCAGCCUUUGGAGCUUUCUCAGACCAAGCCGAACUGUGGGAGAGUAGACUUAAUUCAUUGGAAGUUAUAUUGACGAGUUUAAAUCAAGCACAAAGAAGAUGGGUCUAUCUGGAGCCUGUGUUUGGUUCGGGUACCUUACGCAACGAGGAAGCUUUGUUUAAACGUAUUGACAAAGAUUUUCGUUAUAUAAUGCGUGAAAUAAAAAUGGAUCCAAAAAUCAUGUCAUUAAUAAAGAUCAACAACAUAACUACUAUUGUAAAAUCGUUGGAAUCUCAACUUACACGGUGUCAGAACAAUUUAAUGUCCUAUAUAAUGGAGAAACGCAAUAGUUUUCCACGUUUUUACUUUCUGGGUGAUGACGAUUUACUGGAAAUAUUGGGUCAGGCCUCGAAAGAUCCCGAAAUCAUACAGAAACAUAUAAAGAAACUUUUUCCCGGUUGUCAUAGUUUGCAAAUUGUCCAAGGAUCCAAAACUGUUGGUAAAACAUCUUAUGUCAUACAAGCACUGCAAAGCGCUGAAGGAGAUUUUAUAACACUUAAGCAACCAGUAGAAAUGACUGGAUCCAUAGAGAAUUGGUUAAAUAAUUUGGUAACAAACAUUCAGCAUACACUUAAAAGGCAAAUGAUCGAAUGCAUGAAUUCAUAUCCCAUUGAUGGGUUUAAUGAAAAGCUGCUACAGCAAUACGUAAUGCAAGUUUUAUCAACUACACGAGCCAUAGAGUUUACGAAACAAACUGAAAAGUCAAUACAGUCAAUGUCUUUACAAAAAUUGCAAAAACAAUUGAAUGCUGAAAUCUCUAAAUAUGUUGAAUGGAAACGUGAGAGCAAGGACAACUUAUUACAGAUAAAAUUACGUUGCAUACUAUUCGAUUUGGUGCACUAUGUAACCGUUGUGGAGCAACUAAUACAACAACAAGUGAUGCAAUUGAACGAUUGGCAUUGGUUGGCACAGUUGAGAUUCUAUAUGAGCGAUGAGAGUGUCAACAGCAAUGGUAGGGUAUUGGUGCGAAUGGUUUAUGCAGAAUUUGAAUAUUCAUAUGAGUAUCUGGGUAAUCCUAAUAAACUUGUUAGUACACGUCUAACGCACAAAUGUUAUCUCAUACUGACACAGGCCAUGAAUAUGGGUUUGGGUGGUAAUCCCUUUGGACCGGCUGGCACCGGUAAAACUGAAUGUGUUAAAGCCUUAGGUGCGUUACUAGGACGUUUGGUAUUAGUAUUCAAUUGUGAUGAGAAUAUCGAUACAGAUUCAAUGGCUUUAAUACUGACUGGUUUGGCUCGUUGUGGUGCCUGGGGCUGUUUUGAUGAAUUCAAUCGCCUGCAAGAAGCCACACUCUCAACCAUUUCUAUGCUAAUACAACCCAUACAAAGUGCUUUAAAAGAGAAAUCAGAUUCAGUACAAAUUGCCGAAAAGAAUAUUAAAUUAAAUAACCAUUGCGGAAUUUUUGUUACUCUAAAUCCAGCGGGAGCCGACUAUGGCGGCCGUCAGAAAUUACCAGGGAAUAUACAAGCGUUAUUUCGGCCGAUUGUAAUGCAACAACCAGAACCGCAAGAAAUUGCUCGUGUUAUGCUGUUUGUAGAGGGCUAUCAGCAGGCCGACGAAAUUGCCGAACGUUGCGUGGAGUUGUUUAAUAUGUGCGCUAAGAUAUUAACAAACCAACGACACUAUGACUGGGGAUUACGAGAGUUGAAAACCAUACUUUUGGCUUGCGGCAAAGAGCUGCGCGAACAUUCAGCAACAGCAACAUCAAAAACAACUGAUGUUGUCGGAGACAGGGAAAUGUUGUUGGUCGUGCGAUGUUUACGGACAUCAAUUAUAUCUAAGCUGACGCGACAAGAUGUGACGCGCUACGAUAUGUUGUUGCAAAACGUAUUUCCAGAAAUUAAAGACAGCGUGAGUAAAACAAAUAUUGUUUCAACGGCAUCGUGCAUACAACAGGCAAUCAGAGAUGCUUUCAACCCAUUGCAUCUAUGCAUUAAUGAACAACAAGUGUUGAAAGCUGUACAAUUACACGAACAAUUGCAAAAGCGUAUGGGUGUAGUGGUGAUGGGUCCGCCCGGUUGUGGCAAGUCUACAUUAUUGACCUUGUUGCGUUAUGCAUUAACAAGCAUCAGUUUUGAUGGCCAUAAGCAAGUGCGUGUCCACACUAUUAGCCCUAAGUCGAUGACGCGUCUACAAUUGCUGGGUCAUCUUGAUGCUGAUACACGUCAGUGGUAUGAUGGCGUAUUAACACAAACAGCAGUUACUGUUAAUAUAGAAGCCAAACACAUACACUCAUGGAUUGUUUGCGACGGCAGCGUCGAUCCCGAGUGGAUAGAAGCUUUAAAUUCGGUAUUGGAUGAUAAUAAAUUAUUAACUCUACCCUCCGGUUGGCGCAUACAAUUCGGUAAUAACGUUAAUUUUAUAUUCGAAACUGACGAUUUACGGCACGCUUCACCAGCUACCAUAUCACGUAUGGGCAUAGUAAAUAUGAACUACGAGGAUUACCCACUUAAAUCUAUUAUGAAUUACAAUGUAAAAAAAUUUGAAUUUCCGGACUUGUUGCAAAGUUUCAUAGAAGAGAUCUACGAACCGGCGAUAUUAUGGAUAGAAAAAGAAUAUUUGCACAUUCCAGCGCUAGCACGCGCAGGUAUGAUGCGAACUUUAAUGUUGAAAUUACGUGCCUGCGGUGGCCCUGAUUUAUGCAUACAAAGUCGCGAACAGUUUACGGUAAAUGCUUGUCAAGCGGCUUUAGGAUUCUUACCCAAUGAACGGCACAAUGAAUUCGCUAAUUGGCUUUUCGAAAAGGCCAACAUCUACAUAACAGCUAACGCCAACCACAAGGCAGAAAUGUGCUACUUUAGCAAAGCAAAUAACUCCAUACAAAUGUACGAAAGUGAUGAGCAGCACAACGAGCACGAAGAACUUGUGCAAACAGCCGCCGUGAAAAUGUAUUUAGAUAACAUACAUGUUUUACUAGAAGCACCUGCCGCCAGCAACAGUUUCCUAUUAGUCGGUCCUGCGGGAGCAGCCAAGACCUAGUUAAUGCGUUAUGCGGUACAAGAGAUGAACGGUUAUGAUUUGGUUGUCAUUAAUUGUUCCGCCCAAAUGACUCCGGCCUAUGUGUUGCGUUGUGUAAAACAAAACUGCAUUGCAGUAAGCGGUGUACGUGGUCGAGAAUAUAAACCCAGGCAGCAGCGUUUAGUUGUGUUUUUAAAAAAUUUAGAUCUUUGUUAUUUGGAUACGUGGCAAUGCAAUGCAGUCGUUGAAUUAUUGCAACAAAUAGUGCAGCGCCAAGGCUUUUAUAACGUUACCGACUAUACUACUGCUCCCACUACUAAUACUACUACUUCUACCGCCGCCGCCACCACCACCACCACCACUAUCAGCAGCAGCACCAUUGCUGAUAAGGCGGCAAACAACGCCAGCAGCCUUUCUAAUAGAGGCUCUGGCAAUAUCAACAAUAACAACAGCUUGGAAUGGAUAAAUGUAAGUGGUUUGCAAAUAUGUGGUUCCAUUUCGGAGACGAUAGCAUCUGCGACAGCUAAUGCAACUUUACUGAAAAUUGCACCGCGUUAUUUGGCUAUAAAUCAUCAAGUGCGCAUAGCCAAUCCCAGCCCAACGGAUAUGUUAACCGUAUUGCAGCAUAACUUGGAACCAUUGUUGGUGGGGCGAAGUGGCAACGGUCGAUCGGUAGCGCACUUCAAAGGCUUCACUUCACAAACUGUACAAUAUAUUGCCGAAGGAUUAAUGGAUUUCUAUACGAAGGUUUUCUUUGUUUAUGUUAUACUACAAUUACUUUACUUAUUUAUUCCCUUACUUAUCAAGGCCUUGCAUUGCGAAUUGUUAUCUAUAUUUAGGGACCGUUUGUCCACAACAGAAGAUAUUGAAAGGUUUGAUGCUGUUUUAAAACAAACAUUGCGUAAAAUUAAGAGCAACGAGAAGAUUUACUUUGUACCGAAAUCAUUACAAAUUGGCAAUAGAUUGCAAGCAUUGCAACAUGAUGAAUGGCUGGAAGAGGUACAAAAGCAAAUUACGAUAUGCAAUUCGGAAAGUUUAGUCAUCGAUGCACCACUGACCACAGAAUUGUUAGAGCAGACAGCCAAGGUUGUACGUUUGUUGGCUCGUCCUCAAACACAUGUGUUGCUGGUGGGGUCAGCGGGGAGUCGCCAGUUCGAUAGCAUAUACAUAGCUGCCACAAUGCAACAGGCUAAAGUACAUUUGCUGCAAGCAAACAGCGCCCGUUACGGGUUACACGAAUUUUGCAAUGAUUUCAAGCUGGCAAUGCAAACGGCUGCUUUAGAUAAUCAAUGCACCUGCUUAGUGGUCGAACAUUUUUGGUUAAAUUAUGCCCCGGAAAUAUUGAAACCGAUUGAAGCUUUACUAGAGGAAAGUGAGACGUUGGAUUUGUUUGACGAUGAUUUAGAAUCACUAGCCAGUUCGUUAAAACCAAACGCCCAAUUAGAGGGUUAUCAAGAAUCAAUGGCAUCAUAUUUUAUGAAACGUGUUCAUCGGAAUCUACAUAUAAUCAUUUGCUUAGAUUCUGCGAGUCCUAAAAUUAAUGAAUAUUUCAAUAAUUAUCCUGCAUUGCAGCGUAAAAUGGAAUUGCUGUUCAUUAAACCAACCUCUCAGAGCACUUACGCUUCUUUGCCCAAAAAAUACAUUGAAAUUUUAAGCGACACGUCUACAACGGCGAAUAAUAAAAUUUCAAUUCCCCGUCAUUUCAAUGAGAUUUUAGAUAAUUUUCUCAAUCAAGGGCCGCCUUUAAGAUUUUAUCAAUUAAUCAAGUCUUACUACUUCAUCUACGGAAAAUUCUCUGCAGACAUCAACAAACGAUUAGAAAAGUUGCAGCUUGGAGUUGAUAAAUUGUCGGCUGCUUAUGCCUUGGUAGAUUCUUUGAAAUUAAACGCCGCUCAACAGGAAGAAGCUUUGGCUGAAAAACGACAGCUCGCUAAUGAGGCUUUAGAAAUGAUAUCUGCCACGAUGCGUAACGCUAAUGAGCAAAAAUCGACUAUGCUCGAAUUGAAGCAGCAGACACAGAUAAGCAAUGAAAAGUUAAAACAAAGACAAAAAGAAAUACGAGAUGAAUUGGCUGAAGUGGAGCCGAUUUUAGCUGAGGCUAGUGCCGCAGUCGGUCAAAUCAAAUCGGAAGCUCUGUCAGAAGUCCGUUCACUACGCGCUCCGCCCGAUGCUGUGCGAGAUAUUUUAGAAGGUGUUCUUAGACUGAUGGGCAUACGAGACACUUCGUGGAAUAGCAUGAAAACAUUUUUGGCGAAAAGGGGCGUCAAAGAAGACAUACGAUCGCUGGAUCCCUCUCGCAUUAGCCCCGAAAACAGUGAAGCUGUACAAAAAUUGCUAAACGCAAAGGCAGAUUCAUUUAUUAUGAAAAAUGCAAAGCGAGCUUCAGCUGCUGCUGCGCCCUUGGCUGCCUGGGUAAAAGCUAGCGUACGUUAUUCCAAAGUCAUACAAAGCAUCAAACCGUUGGAACGUGAGCAGGCGGAAUUACAGAAAAAUCUUCAAGUGGCUGAAAACGAGAUGCAAUCUUUAUUGUCGGGUUUGGAUGACGUGGACAAUCGUGUGAAACAAUUAUCGGCCAAACUGAAUGCUCACACUCAGGAGGCUGUAAUGCUGGAAUUGAAACUGGAAGAGGCUCGUAGUCGAUUGCAAGCAGCUGAAACGUUAGUACAAGAACUUAGUGCUGAAUAUAAGACAUGGAAUAGGCAAUUGGAGGAGUACAAAGAAACACAGAAAAAUUUAGAUACAAAAUCCUUAAUGGUAGCUUUGGCCUUGAAUUAUUUAUCUCACCUACCAUUACAAGAAAGAAGCUGCACUUUAAAUGAAAUAACGUCAGAAUUGCAACUGAAAGAAAUUUUUGACCUACGUAAAAGCCUUAUUACCGAGCAAGAACAAAUAAUUUGGGAAAGUAUGGGCUUAGCUCGAGAUGCUCAAAUUUUAGAAAACGCUGCACUGCUCAUGGAAAUUCUUGAUUUACCAUAUACCAGCUUAUCAGCACCAUUGCUUAUUGACCCCACCGGCACCGCCGUUACUUGGUUAAAAGAAUAUUUGCAAUCACAAGAACUGGCUCACGAGUUGACAACUCAGAAUAAUCCUCGUUUAAUGUAUACUUUGGAGUUGGCCAUACGUUUCGGAAAAAUAUUGAUCAUACAAGAUUGCCAAGAACUUAGACCAACUUUAUUGCAAGUUAUUAUGAAUAGAAUUUAUAUGAAAUUUAAUAAGCGUCAGUUGGAACUUGGCGGCAAGCUAAUCGACUUGCAUCAAAGCUUUCAAUUGGUGUUGGUGGCAACAAACCCUAAACUGAACAUACCUGCUGAAACUAAGGCAUAUAUAACUUGCUUACCAUUCACGGUAACGGCAGUUGGUUUGACCGAUCAGCUAAUGUCCGAUGCUAUUGUUAAGAAGGAUCCUUCGCUAGAAGAGAAGAGAAUCGGAUUGUUACGCAAUGAAGGCACUCUCUUAAAACAGCGCAUAGAGUUAGAGGAUAAGCUAUUGGAGGAGUUAUCCAAUGCCCACGAUGAUAUUCUAAAAAAUGAGAAACUCUUGAAAACUCUCAAAGAAGUCAAAGAGAGUAGUAACUUUAUCGAUAAAUCUCUGGGAGAGAGUGCCGCCCUUAAAGAAAUUCUCUUAGCUGAUUAUACUGAACUCAGAGAGCUGUGCAAAAAAGCAGCCGAUUUCUACAUAGAGUUAACUGCAAUUUAUGAUAUGAGUUCCACGAGAUUUAUUCAACUCUUUUCAAACGUUUUAGAGUUAUACGAUCUUCAUGAUGUGAAAAAUGCAAAGAAAAUUAAAGAUAAUUUUUUCGGACAGUUGGUACGUGAGAUAUUUGAGUACUUGGCACGAGCAAUAGCUAGAGAUCGUCAUUUAACUUUGGCUUUAUUCAUAAGUCGCACAGCUUUUAAGCAACGCAUACGAGCUCAGGAUUGGGAGCUAUUCGUUACAAAUUUUGCAGCUGCCGCCGAUUUUAAGGCUAGUUUUGAAAAUCAAAGGUCCCAGAUAAUCGCAGAUGUAUUUAACAAGGAAGCUGUAGCAAAGUUAGAAGCCUGGCUCCAAGUUCAACCCGAAUUGGAAGGGAAAUUACAAUUACAUAAUACGAAUAAGUGGCGAAAUUUCGUCGAGGCUAAAAGCGAGGAAAUUCCAGUGGACAAUUUAACCAACUUCGACAAGUUGCUGUUGGUGCAAAUUUUACGAUCUGACUUAAUUACUCGUUACAUGCGUUUAACGACAGAAGAACUCCUAGGCCUAUCUCUUGAAGCCAUACAACAACCGACCGUCGAACAAUUAGUAGCUGAGAGUUCAAGUAAUAAACCCAUAAUAAUGGUAACACAAACGGAAAACGAUCCAUCUUUUGAAAUAAUCGCCUUAGUUUCACGUUUAAGAGGGAAAGAUAAAUAUGAAGAGAUUUCGAUAGGCAGGGGUAUGGAAAAAAAAGCAUUAGAAAUUGUUAAGCGAGCGGCUGAAUUGGGGCAGUGGGUUUGCAUAAAAAAUGUUCAUCUGGUGCCAGAUUGGCUACUUGAACUGGACAAAGAACUGGAUGACUUUAAGAAAUCUGAAGAUUUUCGUUUAUGGCUUAUUUGUGAAUCAAUACAAGGUUUUAAUGAAGCCAUUAUUUACAAAUACGUUAGGGUUUUAUAUGAAUGCCCUUCAAGUAUUAAACAAAAAGCGAAAAAAAUGCUACAAAAUUACGCGAUAGCCGAGCAAGAUCGAUCCAUACUUAAAAAUGGUAAACUCAUGAAAAUUCGUGUGGUGUUAUUUUUAUUACUGGCUGCGCUGCAGGAGAGGCGCCGCUUCAUUCCACAAGGCUGGUCGCAGCGUUACGAAUUUGGAGAGUCAGACUUGAAUACUGCUCUGACUUUGUUAAAGUGGUUAGACUCUGCAACAGUUAACAAUAGAUACGAUUGGCGCAUAAUACAAAAAUUAAUUGAGAAUACAGCCUUCGGCGGGCGUAUUAAUGACUCAAGAGAUUUGAAAGUAUUACAAAAAUAUUUAGAGGAAUUCUUGAAAAAUGAUGCAUUAAGCAGUCGUUGGGCUCCUUUUGAUGGCACAGUAAUUAUACCUACAAGCCAGCAGUGGGCGGAUUAUGGCAAUGCUUUGGCCAAACUGCCCGCACAAGAUGAGCCACACAUAUUUAAACUUUCGAGGAAAUCAAACACAAGUCGGGAGAUGGAUUACGCCAAAGGUGUAUUGAAAGAAUUAAGGGUAUUUCAUUUUGGAGCAGCAAGCACCGAUGGAGAGAAUCUACAAAAAAUUGAACAGCAAAUCAAACCGUUAUUGAAUCUAUGGAAAAAACUAGCUGAGAACAAUACCUUAAAGAAAACUGUAGAGGAAUUUCAUGAAAUCAUCGAAAAAUCUUCGCAACCUUGGUUGGUAUUUAUAAGCACAGAGCUGAAGCUGGCAGCUAGUGGUUAUCAUUCAAUACAUAGCACUUUGGGACAAGUUUACAAUGACCUUAAGAGCAGACAACUAUAUUCUAAUAACUUUACACUGCGAACUUUAGCCAAUAAUCAGGUGCCUCUGUCUUGGCAACGUAUAUGGUCAGGACCGUCUACUGCUUUGGAUUACUUAAAAGCCUUCAUGUUGAGAGCUCAAGCUAGCGAGUCUCGUUUCAAAACUAAACAGAAUUCGCAAUUUAUUGGCGAAAUUGAUUUAGCCACUGUUUACAAUUGUGAUACUCUACUCGCUGCCUUAAAAUUGAAAAUUUCCAAAUCAUUGAACAAGUCCUGCAAGCAUCUUAUAAUGGAGUCUUUAGUUUUAUCGCCCAGCUACGCCCCAACAAAUAGAUCAGAAUCCUCACAUGCCCAACACUUGCUUAUAAAACCUCUGUUGGUUAAUGGUGCCGUUUUCAUCAACGACAGUUUAGUUAUUGGCUCUUCGUCAAACAGCAAGCAGCGCGAAAGUGAACAAUCACCUGAAUUUUUAAUAUCCUUCAAAGAAAAUAAGGAAAAUGAAGAAAAUUUAAGUUACUCUUCCAGAGCUCAGAUGAAUAAAGCCGGUUUUAUAAAAUUGCCUCUGUACAACAAUGCAAGGCGAGAGACGCUUUUAGGUGAACUGGACGUGCCCACUAACGAAUCAGCGGACACUGUGCUACUUUCUGGGGCAGCUUUAAUCGUGGCUGACUAUUAAAAGAAAAUAAACAGAAACGCAUAAGCGAAUUACUAAAAAUGUGUAAAACUAAAAAAUAUCAGGAAGUAGUCAUGUAAGCAGCCGACAAUGAACUAGGCAGCAAUCGCCAAGAGAAUCUAAUCUCGUUAGCAAACUUGCUGGCGAUUGCCGCCAAAUACGCUCUCUCAGUUACGUCAAAUCUGGCGACAACAAAAUCUCGUU